AUGCCAUCAACACAACCACGUAAAUCAGUGUCAUUUACAUUGGAAGAUGAAUUUACCUUUGAGGAUGAUGAACCUAAAACAUCCGUUAAUAAUAAUUUUUCAUCAUUUUAUGAUGAUGAUUUAUCGGAUGGAAAUCGUUCACCUGUAUUGACAAACAACAGUACAAUUGCACCACCUUCUCCAGAACUUGAUUUUGAUGAGGAUCUAGAUAAUAUGUCUGAUUAUAACUAUGAAAACAAACAGUAUGAGGAAAACUUGUCACAAUCACUCUCUGAUAUUUUGGAAAAUGAUGAAAAACAAGUUAAAACUGAAAUAGACGAGUUAUUUGAUGAAUAUGAAAAAGAGCAGGAAGAAGAAGAAGAAGUAUCAGUUAAAUCACCAAUUCUUUCAAUUAGAUUUACUGCUCAACCAACUCAAUAUACUGUUUCUUCACCUACUGUUUCUAGCCCUGGCUUAAGUCAAUAUCAAAAAGAACAAAGAAAUAUUUAUCAAUACGAUGAUAUUAAUCAAUUGUCAGUACCUAGUCAACAAUCACCAAAAAUCAGUCAACCAGUUGUUGAAAUUGUACAAAAUUCAACAAUGCAAGAUGAUAACGAGGAAGAAAGUGCCUUUCACAAACUAGAUCCUUCUGUAAAAUGUAACCCAGAAAAUAUUCCUACUACCAAUUGUACAGAGAAUAAUUCACCUAAGUCACCUAUUAUUGUUGGUGAACAAAAGACAGUUCCCCAACCAUCACAACAACAACAACUCCCUCAAUCAAACCAACAACAAACAGUAAUUCCAGAUUCUCAAGAAAUAGAUAUUGAUUUUUCUCAAUUAGAAGAAGCUUUAAAUCAACCAGAAACUCCUAAUGUAAAUAAUUCUACAAUUGAAGAGGAAGUUCCAAAAUCAUCUCCUAUUGAAAUUCUAAGAUCUAAAAUUCCAUCAUCUCCUCAAAAAAAGAAACCACUCAAGCUAGUUCAAUCAUACAAAGAUGAAAUUGUAUGCACUCCAGAAUUUUUACCAAAUCCAUCCAAUAUGGACGAAAUUGAGAAUUCUGAAAAUUCUCAAAUGGAACUUGUAAAAUUGGAUCCAAGACCUUCUAGUCCUUCAAAACCAUUAUCAUGGAGAGAAGCUAUUUAUAAGAAUAGACAUGCAAUUUCUCCUCAAAAAGUUACACAACCAGAAAAAGAAUUAGUUGCAAUCAAAGAUUAUUUUGGUCUCACAACUUUCCAAAGAGGUAAUAAUUAUUCUGGUGAAGAAAGAAUUUUUGAAAUGACAGCAGAAUUAUUGGAAGUACAAGAAGGUGAUGAAUUAACAUUUCUCUCGUCUAAAUGUUGGGGAACAGUGGAAGUUCCAUAUCAACAAAGUAUUGUUUUUGAAGAACAAACCAUGUCAAUUAGAAAAUGUGUUUGUUCAUGUCCAGUUGAAACAAAUUGUAAACAUUCAUGUGCAGCAUUAAUUACUUGGUUUAAUUGUAAAAAGAAAUCAAUUCCAUAUCCAACAUUAGAUUCUGUUGGAAAGAGAUUAGAGGAAACAAUGAGUGAAAUGAAUAGAUUAAGACAAGAAUUGGAAUCUUUAAAGAAGGAAAAUGAAAUUUUGAAAAGUUCAGCAAAUUCUGAUUACAGUUCAGGAAGUGAGGAUUUCGACAUGAAAGACGCUUCAACUCCAACCAAAAAUCAUUCUGGAUUUAUUUCUUCAAAUAACUUUGUGACACCAACAAGAGACCCUUCGCUUUUACCAUCUUUUAUCAGUCCUUCACCUGCAUCUGUUGAUAAUUCAUCCCUGAAAAGAAAGAGAACAGAUUUUUCCUUAGAUCCAAAUAAUAAAAAGAUCAAAUAACAAUUUUAAUCC